UUAUGGAUUCUCGGCUAUGGCAAGCGCCACAGCUGCGCCUCCAUCUGGAGCGCCUGGAGCACAGCCUGGAGCUUCUCAAAGCCGUGUCUCUGGAGCUGGAAGUAAUCGCUGCAAGGCGAGCCGAGGAUGAGCGCGUUCCUGGGCAGGGAGAGGCUCGUGCCCUCCUCUUUAGUGACGAUCCGAGGAAGCAGUGCAUCGAUGGGAUUCUUUGUAACGCGGUUCGGAAGAACAGCAAUGAGAUCGAUGAGGCCGAGAAUUUGGCGGCGAACGCAGCUCGGCAUUUGCGGCGGGAGAUCGAGGGGCUUCUUCUUCCGCUGCAAGGCGUGGUGGAUGGAACUGCGGCGUGGGAGCAACUCACUGCCGUGGCGAAAUUUCGGGAAAGGAGGAUGAAAUUGAAGAGUAACAGGAAGCGUCGCAAGAUCAAGAGGCAGCACGAGGCCGAGAAGAGGAGAAUGGCGGACAAACUUUUGGAGGAAGCCGAUCGUCAAGCGGAGGAAUGGAGAACUCGUGAGUUUGCGAGAGACAUUGCUAAGAAGAAGAUGGAAGAGAUGAACGAUGUUGCUCUAAAGAAAGCGAAGGAGGCGCGGUUGCGAUUGGAGAAAGAGAUGGAAAUGGUGCUACUUGUUGAAAAACUCCAGGAGUUGCGUUCACUUCGCGUCCAGAAACUUAAGAAGCAAGGCCAUCUAUUCCCAGAAGAUGAUGAUGCAUUCAUGGAGGGCGUCCGUGCCGCAGUUGAAGCAGAAGAGCGACAGGCUGCCGGAGCUGCUGAUGAAGCCUUGCCUGCAAAUGCCGAAGCAAGGAAUCCUUCCACGGACGAUGAAAAUACCAUCAAGGAAGCACCUCCGCAGCCCAGUAACACGAAAACAAGUGAGGAACCGGAUCAACGAUUGCCGGCCGACCUCUACCGCUACUACUAUGGUAGCAGAAUCGACAUGGGAACGCUGAUAGAGGUCCGAAGAGGCUGGGACACGUAUAUUGUACCUGUUGGGAGGUACUUUGCAAUCGUCUUUUUGGAGUUUUUGACGCAAGUGUGGUGGCAUUCCUUGCAGUCGAAUUCCUGGUCACUGGGUUCAGCCUGUAGCUCCUUCAAGCGAGGCUUGGGCAUCUUGCUUGAUAAACAGAGAACUUACUCUAAAGCUGGAUUCUCCACCAUCCCAGAUUUUUAUAUCAAUGCCAAAAAAUCGUGACUGUACAAGGAUGAACUCCGGGUAAGCAUCCUUUGAUCUUACAUGGAUCUCGACAUCCAGCCAGGAACAGCCAGUGACGACUUGAUUCCCAGGCCCUGAAGAAUAAUCGCGUACAAAACAUGGAGGAGGAACACAAACGAUGCGCAGUUCACGAUAAGCUGGACAAUACGACGAAAGAUGGUCGGCAUUGUAAGCGAGAUGUUGAUCCCCAUUGCCGCCACCAUGUACGAGAGGGAAGCAUGGGUGUUUAUGGUGAUCUGCAAGAACAUUUGGUCAAGCCAGGAAGACAGAAACACAAAACCAAUCGCUCCAAGAGCACGGACCUGAAACUCUAGAACAAUGAAAACAUCCAGCCAAACGCAGAGAGUUCCGUGCAUACCAGUGUACAAGCAAGGAUGGAGACGCCCCAGUUGAUUCUCCAUCUGAGCAACGGCAGCAUAUCAGAAUGGAAAUCUAGCGAGCGAGCGAUUGUAGUACCUCCACAACGCACCCAUCGCAACGCCGAGAAAUCCGUGCAUGAGCUAGACGAAGUUGUGAGAUAUCCAAAUCUGUGAGGAAGUACUUACGACGUAAGAAAGAGCCUUGAGAGGUCCAGCAAUGACAAGAAGAAGCAACGCUGUGGUCACCUAUGGAACAAAGAAAAAAGAAUGGCUUUCGAGCUAUAUAGCAAA